GCUCGUCGUGAAGUAGGAGGUAAACAUUAUACAGUGUGAUUGGUCAUCCUUGUGGGUCCUCAGGUUUUUCUUGUUUUCGAUCUCAGUUUGGCUCUGGUAAAUUUACGGAACGCUAUGUAAAGUUGUGAGAGAUCAUUCGUUUCGUGUUAAUAAACAAUCUUUUUAUUUAAACUUAACAUUUAAUAUAACAAUUAAUAAUAUUAUAAAUUAUUAUGCAAAAAGUGAUGAAAGUCAAUUUUAAGUGAAAGUGUAAAAGAAGAAUCAAAUUUAAAUAACAGGAAGCAACGUCAAAAGAAGUCUAAAUAAUGGUUGGAUACUAUCAAACAGAACCAAUAUCUGCUGGGAGAACUGAUACGUCUCAAAUGUGUUCAAUGGCAAACGUAGUACCAACCCUGGAGAUGAUGAAGCCUAUUAAAAGUUUAGUCUGUAGUCCAGAUCUCAGUGUAUUUGCAUCGUCCACAACAGAUAAUCUUGCGGAAAAUAAUCCAGAUAAAUCAUACCAAUGUCUAUUGUGUCAAAAGAGUUUUGACCAAAAGAAUGUUUAUCAAAGUCAUCUCCGUUCUCAUGGUAAGGAAGGUGAAGAUCCAUACCGCUGCAAUAUUUGCAGUAAAACAUUUGCUGUACCUGCAAGAUUAACUAGACAUUAUCGUACACAUACUGGUGAGAAACCUUAUCAGUGUGAGUAUUGCAACAAGUCAUUUUCGGUGAAAGAAAACCUCAGUGUGCAUCGUAGGAUUCAUACAAAAGAACGCCCUUAUAAGUGCGAUGUAUGUGAGCGUGCAUUUGAACAUAGUGGGAAGCUCCAUCGACACAUGAGGAUACACACAGGCGAACGUCCACACAAGUGUUCUGUAUGUGCUAAAACAUUUAUUCAAAGUGGCCAGCUGGUAAUUCAUAUGCGCACCCACACAGGUGAAAAACCUUAUGUUUGUAAGGCGUGCGGCAAAGGAUUCACCUGCUCAAAACAACUUAAAGUUCAUACACGAACACAUACUGGAGAGAAGCCCUAUACCUGUGACAUUUGUGGAAAAUCUUUUGGAUACAAUCACGUCCUAAAACUUCACCAAGUAGCUCAUUACGGUGAAAAAGUUUACAAGUGUACUUUAUGCCAUGAAACUUUCAAUUCCAAAAAGACAAUGGAAUUACAUAUUAAAACACAUUCUGACUCGAGUUCAACUUCACCACGUGAUUCACCUAUCGAGCCAGUAAUUGAGAUAUCUCAGAGCACUAAUUCAAAUAUUAAUUCCGUCAGUAGUAAUAAUGAUGUUAAUAGCGUCACCAGUAGCAAUAGUAGCGACAAAGAGAAUAAGACUGAAGAGUUAAGCGCUCAAACUCAGGCUUAUAUGCACACACGAGACUUUUCUUACUACCUCUAUCCAAGGGAGCAGUAUAAUCAAAGUCCUCCUACAAAUUCUGCAUCAGGUGUUCCAGCACUUUUAGCAGCAGCAGCGGCCGCUGCUGCUGCUGAAGAUCGAUCGUUGUUCCAAUUAUCAACGACCACUACUACACCUGGAAACUUAUCAGCAGAUUCGAAUCACGUUUUUCUCUAUCCAGAAGUAUCAUCGGCCUAUACAUCUUACAAUCUUCAAAUCAACGACGUAUCGAGUGUCAAUGAAUCGCCAUCGCUAUUGAACUUACCAGGUAAUGAUGCCAGGCGAAGAGUUGAAGCAGCACUUGAAGCAGUUGAAGAACAAACUUUGAGAGCGUAUGAAGAUGCUGGAAUAAUAGAGGUAGUUAGUAGACAACCUAUUCUUACACCGCCAAGUAGUAAUCCAGUCAGCCCAGCACCAUCUCCAGAUCCAUUAGAUCUUGCAAUACCAGUGAGAGAAACACUCAUACUUCCACCGCGCAAGCGUUGUAAAAUGAUCCUGGAAUCAAUGGAAAACGAAAGGACAGAAUUAGUAACUCAAAGACACAGUUCUGUAAUUCAGUUCGCUCGUGCUUCUUAGUAUUCUCAUAGCAAUAAUGGUGGCCAAUUCAUUACCUUAAUUAAUGAACACGUCACAAAUAAUUGCAAACAUUUCACCAAUACUUUUUGCCGCGUUUAGUAUUAGAUUUCAAAAUAUAUAUCGUGCCGAAUAAUCAUUAAAUAUUAUAAAUCAUUAUUCGAUUACAACUACGGAAUUAACUUCAAUAUAACACUUGCUAUUGAUAUUAUAAUUUUUGUUAUUAUUACUACUACUAUUACUGUUAUAGUAAAGAAAAGAUAUUAUUGAAUUUAAACAUACAAAAAUAGCGAGAAUAUUUAACUACAUAUUUGCAUAUAUAUAUAGAUAUAAAUACAUACAUAUAUCAUUUUAAUCAUCAUCAUCAGCAUAUUUUUAUUCUAUUAAGUAAAGAGAAUAAAAGUAUAAAAUAAUUGACAUCUCUGUGAUAACAACUUCAUACUACCUGAUUAUUGAAGGUAGUUGAGCCCACUGCCAGUACAAGAGUAAAUAAUUAUUUCUUAAUAUAGUAUUCCAUAUGUGAGCACACAAUGUUCGUAUGAUAUUUUAUUCAUACUUAUGACAUACUAUUAUUGAUUUUAAAUAAAAAAAAAUGAUAGUAGUAAUAAUGAUAAAGAUGAUAAUAAUCAUAAGGUGUUAUAGUGGAAAUUUAAAUUUAAAAUAAACACACAAAAAAUCAUGUGUUUCUUCUAUAAUAUAUAUAUAUAUAUAUAUAUAUAUAUAUAGAUAUAUAUAUAUAUAAAACGUUUGUAUGUGUGUCCACAUAGCCAAUUAUUAUUAUAAAUAUUUAUCGAUAACGAUCAUAAAUAAUAGCGUAAUGGACUGAUUACGUAUGUAAUAUUAAAUCAUAGUACAUAUAUACAUUGAUAUCUUCCUAAUUCAAAAAAAAAGUUACAAUUUAAAACAAAAGAGAAAGAAUUGAGAAAUACUUUAACAUCAUUACUCAUCGUACCGUGCAGUGCCUCAAUGACAUCUCCGUUGAUUCCAUAAAAGAAUAGAAGAUCACGGAUAAAACCAAAUGUUGCGUUUUUAGUACUACAUAUGUUAUUAACUUGUCAUUAUAACGUAGAACUUUCCGAAAAUUACUCAGGAGUAUUUCAAGAAUAAGAGGGUGUUUAAAUACUAUUGUAAACUUAAAUAUAUUAAGAAUUUAAUUAAUCAAGUAUCAUAGUUCUCACGGUAAAUAUUCUUAUUCGAUGCAAUCAUUGAAUUCUUCAAUGUUACAAUCGUGCAUAAUAGAUAUUUUGUUAUUAUAGAUAUAUUAUUAUUAUCGUAUUAUCUGUUACAUCACUUGAAUUUACUCUGUAU